AUGGCAGCUACAAACUUCUAUGCCGAUUUUGCCAGCAACUCCACAAAUAUGUACAAUUAUGCCAAUAGCUCAUACUAUGACAACUCAUCGUACUAUCACCACCAGCAACAGAGUUCAACAAUCAGUCAGGCUUGGAAUCCGGCCACCUACAAUCCCAACUAUGUGCCCCAAUACACAGCUCCCGUCUUGGAUGGAUCAAUUUACAAUGACUACUACAACUAUCAGAGUUCGUUGGAUCAGACACCAGACCAACAAAAAGCUGCACAGACCCAAGAGCCCCCCAAAGUUUCACUAAAAAGAAAAGCUGUGGAAUUGGAAGAGAACAAGCCCACCGAAGUAAAAGUCGAAGUUGAGGAGCCACCCAGCAAGCUAAGGGCUCUGCUGACCAAUCCAGUAAAGAAAUUGAAAUACUCUCCUGACUACUAUUACACCACCUUUGAAAAGGUUAAGAAAGCCCCAGCCGCCAAGGCCAGCGAAAGCCAAUGCAACGCCCUGCCCAGUGUCACACCACCCAACAGCUAUGAACAGGAAUUUUUGACCGCCCAUACCCCUGCCUCGACUCAACACAGCUCCAUCUUAUCACCCAACCGUAGUGAUGUGGACUACUUGGAUGUCUAUUCACCGCAAUCCCUUAAGGUCUCCACCACACAUGGCCCCUCCAAUGCAGGAGGUUUCAAACCCAACGUUUCUCAACCUACCACUCCCUCACCGUUGGUGGAUGGCAUUAGCACUCCACCCCUAUCGCCCAAUGACAAACAUGCCGCCAACCAAAUCAAUCAUCAAACGUCAGAGUCACAACAUGAAUUCAAUCAAAUGUUGUCAGCCGCCAACAGCGACUACCAUUGGUCGAAUUGUGAAGACAGCCCUGCAUCAGAUUGCAAAGACUCAAAACGCACUCGCCAAACCUACACCCGCUAUCAAACUUUGGAACUGGAGAAGGAAUUCCAUUUCAAUCGCUACAUCACCCGCCGUAGACGCAUAGAUAUUGCCAAUGCCUUGGGUCUGACAGAGCGCCAGAUCAAAAUUUGGUUCCAAAAUCGCCGCAUGAAAUCCAAGAAAGAUCGCACUCUAGAAGGACCCUUGGAGCAAUGCCUAAACUAUUCCACCAUGCCCUUGGAGGCGGCUGCCAACAAUCAAGUGCCUUUUGUGGCCGCUCAUCAAUCGAUGGCCAAUACCGCCACAGGCUCCUACCCAAGCUAUUUGAGUGCGGGACCUCAAGCAUUCCCAGCCGCCUAUCAUUCACAUCAUCAUCACCACUCGCCUGAACAUUAUGGACAACAGUAUGAUGGCUCAGCUCACGCUCAUCACAAUAACGCUGCUGCUGCUGCCCACCAUUAUUUGGCCGAUGCCCAGCAAUACAGCUCAACUGCCCAGCAUUUUGCCCAAACUGCUUACCCACAGCAACAACAGCCCACAAUGUCAGCAGGAUCCAACCCAAUGUAUCAGUUGGCCUAA